AUGGUAUACUGCCUCCCUGGUGUCAGGAUCAAAGACAUCACAGAAUGGCUGCAGGACAUACUUUCUAGGGAGGAUGAAGAAUCAGCGGAUAUUCUCCACAUUGGCACCAGCAACACAGAGAAGAAGAGGGAUGAGCUCCUGAAAAUAAAAUUUAGGGAGUUAGUGAUCGGGAUACAGACUGUGGGAGUGUUCGGGGAUCGGGGUACGGACUGUAGGAGAGAUUGGGAUACGGACUGUGGGAGUGAUCGGGGAUCGGGAUACGGACUGUGGGAGAGAUUGGGAUACGGACUGUGGGAGCGAUCGGUGAUCUGGAUACAGACUGUGGGGGUAUUCGGGAUACGGACUGUGGGAGUGAUCGGAGAUGGGAUACUGACUGUGGGAGUGAUCGGGAUACGGACUGUGGGAGUGAUCGGAGAUGGGAUACUGCCUGUGGGAGUGAUCGGGAUCGGGAUCGGGAUACGGACUGUGGGAGCGAUCGGUGAUCGGGAUACGUACUAUGGGAGAGAUCGCGAAUCGGAAUAUGGACUGUGGGAGCGAUCGGUGAUCGGGAUACGGACUGUGGGAGAGAUCGGGGAUCAGGAUACGGACUGUGGGAGAGAUCGGGUUACGGACUGUGGGAGUGAUCGGGGAUCAGGAUACAGACUGUGGGAGCGAUCGGGAUACGGACUGUGGGAGAGUUCGGGGAUUGGGAUACGGACUGUGGGAGAGAUCGGGGAUCGGGAUACAGACUGGGAGUUAUCGGGAUACGGACUGUGGGAGAGAUCGGGGAUCGGGAUACGGACUGUGGGAGUGAUCGGGAUACGGACUAUGGGAGUGAUCGGUGAUAGGGAUACAGACUGUGGGAGUGAUCGGGAUACGGACUGUGGGAGAGUUCGGGGAUUGGGAUACGGACUGUGGGAGUGAUCGGGGAUCGGGAUACGGA